AUGGCCAGCACCUCCAAUCCCAGUCCGGCAACCUGCCAAGCCAACUUCGAGCAAAGCGUCGCCAUAUCGCUGCACCUCUGGGAAGCGCUCGGCCUGGCCGUGCAGAACAACUGGGGCGGACCCGACUCGGCCGACAAGCGGGACUGGUUCGCGGGCGCCGUGGUCGAGCUCUUCCCCGACGUGUCGCGGCUCACGCCCGCGCAGCUGCAGAAGAAGAACACCACCGCACAACAGCAGCAGCAACCCCCCACACAACCGACGCAGAGCGCACCAAAUGGAAGCGGGAGCGCCGAGGAGCCCGACCAGGCUGAUGUUGAGUCGCUGCUGCUGCAGGUGAUGCUGGACGAGUUCGAGGUUAACGUGGAUGACGACUCGGCGUUCGAGGUGGCGGAGCAGGUGGUGCGGCUGCGCGGGGACUGUUUGAGGGGCAAGUUUGAUGAGGUGGAGGCGCUGCGGCGGCGGUGGGAGGGUAAGAAGGGGAACAAGGUUGUCUUUAAGAAGGCGGAGGACCAGGAUGAUGAUACGGAUUGGGAUACGGAUGACGAUGAGGAGGAUGAGGAUGAUGAUGGUGGGGAUGUUGAGAUGAACGAUGCGCCCGCGCCGCCGAGGAGGGAACGGCAGGAGCCGGAAGUGGAUGAGGAUGGGUUUACGAAAGUUACGAAAAAGAAGAGGUAG